CCGCGAGGGACUCAUUUUGUUUCACGCAUUUUUGGAAUUCUUUGUGUCUGUUGGGCGAUAUAAUGCCUCGAAACCUUCGUCAAGAAGGCAGAGGAAAUAAUGUUUCACCCUGUUCACUAUGAAAUCGUCGAAAGAUGUAAAAUCGCCCGGGUUAAAUGCACAUGGAGACAAGCUCAUCUCGACGACGCAAAGAACGGGUGGAAAGGGCACUAUUUCACCCCGGAAACAAGCGGCAGAGAGGUCUUAUCGUAGAGCAAUAACACCAUUACCUCCGAAACCAGUCUCCGGCAUUGGUCAUGUUUCGAGACCCCAGACUUCUUUGGGUCUUUAUAAUGAAAAGGAUGGUAUCUUUGACAUUGCAUCAAAUAUUUCCAGACCAAACUCUGCAUUUGGAAAUAACACUUCUCCAAAUGUCUAUAAAAUUUCCAGAGCAAAGACUCCGUCAAAGGGUAAAAGCACUAGCAAGUCCAACAAGAGCUCGCAGAAAUCAAAGAAAGCACCUAAAGCUAGAGUUGUUUGGGAAGACAACACGCCACAGAAUGUACAGUCAACUGAUGGUGACACUUUAAGCACAAAUGCAACAGAUUUGAAUGAGCCAAAGCGAAAUGACCCUACAAGUGAGGGUUCUAUAUCUCAAACCCGGACAACGAGUUCAGUGGACAGAGAGAGAUCAACACUACCUCGUCGACGCACAGGCUUCAAUGCUGGUGCUCUCAUUCCUGGCUCUGUUUCUACUAUGGUGUCUCUUCCAGAAUCAGAUGAGGAUCAAACUGUGACUACGCUUGCCUCCCCUUCAUUCCAAAGCAUGUUAGACGGUGAUGCAAGCUCAGAAUAUGAAACAGAUUUGGAGGAAGAUUUUCCAGUGACCAAAAAGGUGUUUGACCCAUCAGGAAGAAACGUUUACCACAAGUUGUGCAAAGAGGAAGAUCUUGUUCCAGUUUCAUUUCUGUCAGACCGGUUUAGUUGCAAAGAAGUUAUCAUGAGGCAUCAUGGUCUGGGAUCUCAUGGGACAUAUCCAAUUGCCAGAGCUCUUAUUAAAAAUACCUUCACAGAGAAGCUAGAUUUGACAGACAAUUACAUAGAAGCAGGUGGGGGAGUGGCACUUGCAAGAAUGUUGCUGGAUAACUGCUUCAUCACUGAAAUAACAGCCAGUUGCUUAGGAGGGAGAUACAGUAUAGCACUUUCUGAAAGAGAUGUAAAGACUAGGCAAUUGCAGAAUUUGUCAGAGAACUUCCUGCGAUCAGAGGGCGGGAUGGCUUUUGCAAGCAUGUUACUGAAGAAUCAGUCAUUAACGAAGCUGGUGUUAAGAUCAAAUCACUUGACUGACAAAGAUGCCAGAGCAUUUGCAGACGCGCUGAAAGAAAAUCGCACUCUGACAUACUUAGACCUGAGUCAUAAUGACAUUGGGGAGAUGGGAGGCAUCUAUCUAGGAGCAGGACUGGGUAUGAACUAUGGAUUAAAACAUCUGGAUGUCAGCUGGAAUUGUAUUAGAUUUAAGGGUGCUGUAGGCAUGGCACAGGGUUUAAAGACAAAUGAUUGUCUGGCUCAUCUCAACAUAUCCUGGAAUGGCUUAUCUUUGCUGGGCUGUGUUGCUUUGGGACGAUUUUUGAAGAAGAAUGAAGCUCUAGAAUCACUCGACAUCAGUAACAAUCGUAUUGGAUUGCUCGCAACUCAGAAGCUUGCCCUUGGAAUAGCUUCUCAUCCAAAUCUCAAGGUCCUGAAGAUAGGGAAGAAUCCAAUAGGUGAUGGAGGUGUAGAAACACUAUUGAAUGUCGUCAAAGCACAUCGAACCAUCAAGUUCUUGUCUCUUGAGGACAUUACUGUAUCUCCUAAGAUAUUUGAUGAAAUCAAGGAGAUUGAGAAGGAAAAAGGUGUCACCAUAGUAACAGGUGGAAUUGGUGGCUAUAAGAGACCAAAGGAAAUGCCUCCAGGCAUGCGAAUACUGCUCACUUUCAUCCAGGAUAACCGGCUUCGCCUGGUUGACUGGUUCAACCAGUUUGACAAGGAUCACAGUGGCGGGAUAUCCCGCGAGGAAUUCAAAACGGGUCUUAAAGAAACCGGGCUUGUAAUGACACAGCGUCAACUUGAUCGUUUAAUGGACUUCAUAGACAUCAAUGACGAUGGCGAAAUAGAAUUCAGUGAACUUAUACGAGGACGUGAAAUCACCAUACAGGAGAUACGCCAAGAGAAGAAAAUUGAAGAAAGACAAAGAAAGUUUGACGAGCAACGCAUGCGCCUGCCUAAACUGGAAGGCUACGAUUACGACCUUAUGUAAAGACGGGAGACUGGGACAGAGAAAGCGUGCACGCGUGAAGGAACUGGGCACGAAACAUAUCCGUGUUGUUGGAGUGUUGAUGAGUGAAGCUUUGCUGACAAUUAAUUAAGUAACACAUUUGGAAUAAAUAUUAUGGUAACUCUUGUUUCGGUUACCUAGAGAAGAAUAAUUUCGGAACUAAAAUAUAGUUCUCCUCGAGAUGGCAACUAUACAGUUGCUAAAAUCGCCAUGGUCAUUAACAUCUUUAUUGCAUGUUCAUCACGAACAUACAAGAAAAUUUCUAAGUGUGAAUAGUGUGACACUGCCCUUGAUUUUUCUUUUCGAUUUUUCUGUACGAAUCACUGCGUUUUUAGGUCGCCUAAAACCUGCAAAUAUGAUCGUUUGUCAUGAAGGCAGUUUCCGAAUGCUGUUGAAUUCAGUUUGCUGGUUUUUGUUUUUUCGUGGUACUUUUGUAGCCGUUUAAUUUAUCACAGAUGUAAUAUAUAUCAGUGCUUUUGCACGUCAGACUAGCAGAGUAAGUUAUUUGUACAGUAGGAAAUCUUCUGGCGUAUUAUUUUGGCGUGGACUUUAUAUGUAAGUGAAAACAUUUCAUUGAAAAAAGUGACGAUAAAAAAAUAAAAUCAAUCGCACAAGCGAUUGACCUGUUCACUGUAUUGUGAUGAUUAUUCGCUCUUUUAGUCAUUGAUACUUGUUUGUAAUUAAAAAAAUUAACAUG